UCCACAAAAAAAGGGUCGCAGCUUAAUGUCCAUGGUAAAAUGUGGGUUCAAUGGCCUAACCAGUUGACAAUCACUGCAUUAGAGCACAGACAAAGUUAUUAUUACUUAUCCAUAUAGCAAUGUUUAUUAUGGAAAUCUAUUACAGUAAUCAGUAUUGUUACAUAAACCAUUGUGAUGCAAUAAAGAAGGUCUAAUUUAACAAUGUUUAUCCUCCAAAACAGACAGAACAGAGAGAGUGUAGAAUGGCAAAAAGGUUCCGGCAAAAUACGUUAGAUGUAUUUCUUAAAAAAAAGCCUAAAUUGAAAGAUCAGGAUGAUGGAUAUGAGAACAAAGAGGAGAGCAACAGAGAGGAGGAUAGAGAUCAGGAGACAGAGGAGAGCAACAGAGAGGAGGAUAGAGAUCAGGAGACAGAGGAGAGCAACAGAGAGGAUGAUAGAGAUCAAAACAAGAUGGAGGAGAGCAACAGAGAGGAGGAUAGAGAUCAAAACAAGAUGGAGGAGAGCAACAGUGAGAAUGAUAGAGAUCAGGAGACAGAGGAGAGCAACAGAGAGGAAGAUAGAGAUCAGGAGACAGAGGAGGAGGACAGAGAGCAGAGGAACUUAGAUGAGGAUGACAUCAGUGAUGAGCAGGGCAGCGAGAACACUGAUGAAGGGACUCUUCAUCCCUUUGACCCUGUGAGAAUGAAGAAAAAAAUUAAUAAGGGCGAGAGCCUCUCAGAUGGAGAUAAAACCUGUUUGCUCCAAAAUAGAUGGAUACCACCAGAGCAGCAUAGCUAUCCCUAUCAGAAAUUUGGCGCAAAACAACUAAAAUACAAUGUCCAGUGGGAGAAAAAAUAUGAAUGGCUUCGUUACUCACCAUUUGAGGAUUCAGCAUAUUGUGCUCAUUGCCUCAGCUUUAAUAAGUUAAAGGGCUCAAACUUUAGUUUUCUUACAAAGGGCUUCACUGACUGGAAGAAUGCUGUGGGUGAAAAGAGAGGUAUCAUCCCAAGACACAGUUUAACAGAAGGACACCGAAAAUCCACAGAAAAGGCAGAAAACUUCCUUUCUGUUGUCCAAAAAAAAAGAAAGGACAUUAGUUCAAUAAUCAGCCAGAAAUAUGAGGAAAAAGUCAUUGCGAAUCGUAACAGUCUUCUAUCUAUUAUUGACAUAAUUGUGUGUCUUGGCCAGCGAAAUGUAGCAUUCCGAGGGAGCUGGGAGGGGGACAGUGAGAAUGGAAACUUUAACCACUUCGUUAACUGGAAAGCACAAUUUGAUGUGGCCUUAAAGCAACACAUGCAGACUGCACCGAAAAAUGCAAUAUACCUUUCACCCGCAAUUCAGAAUGAGCUUAUUGAAUGUUGUGCAGAGGAAAUCAGAGGGACCCUAAUCAAUAGAAUACAGGCUGCCCAGUACUUCACUGUAUUAGCUGAUGAGUCCAUGGAUAUAAGUGGGACUGAACAGAUGUCCUUAUGUGUCCGUUACGUCAAUGAGGAGGAAGAAAACCUAGAGAUAAAGGAGGAUUUUCUCGGGUUCUGUCCAUUGCCCAAACAAGAUGCGGCAACAAUAACCUCAGCCAUUCUUAAUCAGCUGACAAAGUGGGGUCUUCAAAUAACUUUCCUAAGGGGUCAGGGUUAUGAUGGGGCCUCUACAAUGAGUGGCAAAGUGAGUGGGGUACAAAAGAGAGUCAAGGAACUGUACCCCAGGGCAAUGUACACCCAUUGUAGGAGCCAUGCACUUAAUUUGGUUGUGGUGCAUGGUGGUUCUGAUCUUCCUUUGGUGAGGAACACAAUGUCCAUCGUAGAAAAGAUUGCAGUGUUCUUCUCAGCCACAGGGGCCAGAAAAGAUGCCCUGCGGGCAGAGAGUAGAAGAGAAGGGCAACCAAAAACAGCAGGGAUCCCACUGAUGUCAGACAUUAGAUGGGGUAGCAGAGCAAACACACUGAGUGCUUUUGUGGAGCAGUUCACUGCUAUACAUUCUGUUUUGGAGACCAUGGAGGCAGAAGUAACUACCACCUCUGGAAAGGCCAGUACUCUCCGGCAUAGUAUUGGAACAUUUGAGACCAUCAUUACUGCUGUAAUAGCCAACAAAGUGCUGGGUUAUAUGCUACCUCUAACCAAAAAGCUGCAGUCUACCAACUUGGACAUCAUCACAGCAUACGAGGAGGCAAGAAAUGUACGGCAAGUCAUAGCCAAACAAAGAAAUGAGCAAGGAUUCAGUCCAUGUUUUCAAAAAGCCACAGCAUUGGCCAACUCAGUUGAUGUGGUCCCAACAAAGCGUAGAAUAACAGUAAAACAGAAUUACAGAGCAAACAUAUCUACAGAGUCAGUGGAAGACCACUACCGGGUGAAUCUUUUCUAUCCCUUCAUCGAUCACAUAACUAGUGAGCUGGAUGAGAGAUUCUCUGAAAGUAAUGAGCCUGCAUUACUAGCAGCUUACCUGGUACCAAAAUCUUUGAAGAAACUCACAGAAGAAAGAGAGCAAAGAAUGGUAAAGUGGUACCAAGAGGACCUACCUUAUCCAAACACAGUAGAGCAGGAAAUAGAAUGCUGGAGGCACAAGUUUCACUCUGAAGAUGGGGUGCUGCCUGCAUCAGCAUUGGAAACUCUGAAAACAACACAGAUGUCCUUCUUCCCCAACAUCCAGUGUAUGCUGAAAAUUUUUCUUACACUUCCAGUGACAACAUGUGAAUGUGAACGGUCAUUCUCUGCAAUGCGAAGGCUCAAAACAUGGCUCAGAUCUUCUAUGUCUAGUGAAAGGCUCACAGGACUGGCGUUGAUGCAUGUUCAUCAAAAAGUUAAGCUGGACAAGGAGAGAGUCCUUAGACGGUGGGAUGCCUCUGGCCACAGGAGGAUACAGCUAGCUUUCAAUGGAAAGUGAGCCAAGGAAUGAAGAGUAGUACACGCACGCGCACACACACACACACACACACACACACACACGUCUGUGAAAUGUAAAACAUUAUUUUGAAUAAAAAAACUUUCGCAAUCAUCAACAUGUCUGUCUAUUUUGAAGUUUAGGAGUGCAUUUGUGGGUGUUAUUAUAGCACAAUUCUUAACACGUUACUUUGGACCUCACUAAUUUUCAAACCCUGGUUAUGGCCUUGAGUCUAGGGUAUGAUUAAGUCGAUGAGUAGGUCUAUUGAUGUAUUGUGUUACACCACAAGAGUCUAACAGUUCUUUAAACGCCACAGCUAAUGGAUCGUUAGCACUAUCUACGUGGAUAUUAAAAUCUCCAACAAUCAGUACUCUAUCGACGUUAACCAAUAGAUCCGAUAAGAAGUCUGCGAACUCUAUCAGAAAAUUAGCCAAUGUAAGAGAAAGCACUGUUUUUUUACUUUUGUUUGGAACACUUAUCUUCAUUGCAAGCACUUCAAAUGAUUUAAAUGUACGCUCUGUUCUCUGAGUUAUGGCUUUAAUUGAGUGUGAGCAGCGCAGUAAAAAUAGACUCUGAGCCGAAAUGAUCACUGCACUGCUGCUUAUGCGCUGCUUCUGUGGGCUGUAUUAAAGCCCUCAUCUGUUAAGAUGUAAGUGAAAAAAAAAUUGCGCUGCUCACGCUCCGCUCUGUGUAAAACCGGUGCAAUAAUCGACAUCGGCCCUGAAAAACGCAUAUCGGUCGAACCCUACGGGGGAUGGCCUUCAAUGUCUCUUGUUGGCUUGUACUUGAUCAAAACCUCCUCAGAGUCUCCCCCAGACACAAAGUAAAACAAUAAGAAUGAUCACUCGCAACCCAGAUAGCAAAUUUUUGCGGCCCACACCUUACUCCACAUACUUUACUCAUCUGGCCCACAUAC